AUGGUUAUUAUUUAUAGAUAUCAAUUAUAUUAAGUAUUUCAGCAAUAUCAUCAAGUACACUCGAUUUUUAUUGAUUUUAUUACCUUUAAUGUAGGGAUCACUAUUUAUUUGAGUUCUCCAAGUUUCUCAUCUAUCAGUUCUAUCUAAUAGACAUUAUUCAUAUCAUCAUAAAUUCAGUUCCAUCAAUCUACUGGAAUUCCAAAACGUCCUUUAUUCUUAUUUGAGAUUCCUAAAUUUAACAUUAAAAUAAAAAUGAAAAAUAGUAAUCAAACCAAGCUAUUGAAAUAAACCUUAUUAUCAUCAGAGGCAUCAUUAGUUAGGACUUAAAUUUCAGUCCAAUCCUAUUUAAAGUCAUCUCCAAAUUCACUUAAUCGUUUUCUUCGUUCCUCUUUCAAAGUAUAUUCAGAAAUGAAAGAAGACAUUAUAUAGAAUCAAUAAUGUAAAUUAUCCUUAAGAUAUGAAUAAAUUUAUUUAUUAAUGGCAUCUUAGAAAUUGUUCAUGUAUCUCCAAAAAAUGUAAGAAUACUAUAAAAAAUUGCAAAAAUAAGAAGCAUUUUAUAUCAUUUUAAGAUUAGCUGCAAUAGAUUAUAGCAAUUGUAGUAGUUUUUUCAAAUCUUCACAAGGAUGCAAUUCCCCUGGAAUAGUUUCAAAAGAUAUUGGAAUGGAAAAAAAAAUUCAAAAUUAACAAUUAAUUAAAAUUAUUUAGGAGCUUUAAUUGCAAAUAGCUGGUUAAGAAAUUAGCAAGGCUCUCUAUUUAUUUUAAACCAAAAUCCUAAAGGAAACAUUUCACUAAUUAAAAUGGAUUAUUAAAGUAUCACAACACUUGGAAAAAAUAAAAUUGAUUAUUGAAACCUCCAAUUAAAGGAAUGCUUUGAAUCAAUUAAAAUAGAAGACAACAUAAGCAAGAAAAUUUGAGGCAGGAUUGCUAUUGCUUAAUUUGAAAAUUAAAAAAAUUAUAUUAAGCAACCAAUUUUAUUUUUUUUAUUCUUUUAAGGUUUAAUCAAUUCAGCAUUACGCUAAAAAAACACAAAAACCAAAAAAGAAGCAAAUAGAAGUUUCUUUUAAACCAUAAGAUGAAUCUUUGAAAUUAUUGAAACUGUACUAGUUUUUUAUUAGAUACUGUUAUCGAUAUCCCUUUGAUUAACUUAGAAAGUAACAAUAUUUAAGUUAGUAAUUUGAUGUACCAUUUAGAAGCAGUAACAUUUUAUAAAGAUUAUCAAAUAAUCAAAUUUCUUAAGUUAUACCAUAAUAAUAAUCCUAAAUUUUUGAGUCUAUCCACGUUGCAGAAAAUUAAUAGUAAGAAUAAUAAGAAAUCUCAUAAAGUUAAUUUCAAAAACCAAAGGUAGAAAUCAAAUAAACUGGAAAAAUUGCUAGAUCCAUAAAACUAUAUUUGAACGAAUACGAGAAGUAAUAGUUAUAAAUCCAAUAAUCAAGAAUUAAAUCAAAACUUUACAAAAAGCCCAAAGAAGCUGAAGAAAUCUAAGUGAACAACCAAAAAAGACAACUCAACAAUAAAAAAUAGAUUAUUUGCUUGAUUUUCUCAAUAAUAAUUUUUUGUAUUGCUUUAGUCUUUUUAUUUUAAUGA